GGGAGGGGGGGAGAGCGACACACUGUGGGCUCGUCGGUCCGCUGCGGGGGUCGCCCCCGCCCCCAACGACUCGGGAAAUGAGCGUCUCGCUCCCGGCCGGGCCCCGCUCCGGGUGCGGGUAGCCGGAGCGGACGCGCUGCCCCCUCGCCGCAGCUCCCGGUGCAGCGCGGCCCUCCGCCGCGUUUACUGCCUCGCCCGCGUGGACCGCAGAUCCGCGGGGUUUUAACUCCGGGGUGCGGAGAAACCGUAACCAUCGGGGGUCCCGCCAGCUCCGGAGCUGGAACAAGAGUUUAAAAGAAAACGAGUUUGGCGGCAUAAACAACCCGCCGGUUGACUAGUUUGAAUAGGAAAGUUCAGAAAGUGCAGAUGAGAGGGAAAAGUGGAAAGCGUGUGUUGGAGAACGAUCGUAACAGCUGACUGAAACAGCUGCUUCCCUCCCUCUAGCUACAUAAAUGUGAAGCACUCUGAAUAACUAGGAUUUCCCCAACUGGAUGCUAGAAAAGAUGUUUGAUAUCAAAGCCUGGGCUGAAUAUGUUGUGGAAUGGGCUGCAAAGGAUCCAUAUGGCUUUCUUACCACUGUGAUCUUGGCCCUUACACCAUUGUUCCUAGCAAGUGCAGUGCUAUCAUGGAAACUGGCAAAAAUGAUUGAGGCCAGGGAGCGGGAGCAAAAGAAGAAACAGAAACGCCAGGAAAAUAUUGCAAAGGCCAAACGAACAAAGAGGGAUUAAAUGCCUUCCUUGUGCAAAAAAAUGUGCUUUUUCGUUGAAGCAUUCUUGUGCACUUGUAUCUUUGUGUGUUCUUGUCUUCCUCCAACAAUCUUCUUGAACUAUGACAAUUCAACCCCUGAAAUUAUUCAUGUUCUGCUUAAACGAUUUGUGUUGAUGUCUAAUCUACUAUGGCAUUUGAUGUGUAUAUUUCAACCAGAUACCACUUUCCAAUGAGUUUACUUUUGUAUGUUUACAUGCCAUACAUUAAAAUUAAUGCACGUGGGGGGUGGGGCUUGUUUUUUUCAAUUGGAACUGCUUUAGCAAAUGUUCAAACAUGUAAAUAUUAAAUUAUGGAAGAAAAAAUUAAAAUGUCUGACUUUCUAAAAAUAUUGCAGUUAUUGGUUUUCAGGACAGUUAGGAACUCUGUUUUAAUACAGUCUUUUUUCUACUGUUAGUUUGUCUUCAUUAUAGUACUUUUUUUUUUUUUUUCCCCCUGGUUUCAACUUGGCCCUGGAAUAGCAGUCCUUGUUUCUGCAGCAGUCAGCUUUGUAUUCUCAGGAGUUUGUCUUAUUAUAGGAACCGUGUUAGCAUUUCACAGUCACUUGACUAAAUUCUUCAUGAGUGGCUCUCAAAAUCUGCUUCCUGGAUGGUCAGUAGUCCA